GUUCGCCAUGCACAUCAAAGAAACGGUCCGGCAUGCCGAUGCCGAUAUCGAUAUCGAUAUCCUUACACGGAUGAGCUACAGCUACAGUUACACUUACAGCCAUUGACUCUUGGCUGGCUGACCCUUCCAACCUAUCUACCUAUACGGACGGGUUAUCCGUAAAUCCUAUUCACAUCACUACCGCCGUUACGGUACACUACCUAUUACACUCGCUGAUCUACCCGGCCAACCCCUGCAAUUCUCCUGCCCUGGGUUGGAUCCCAAAUCUAUCACUGCACCCAAAUCCUAUCCCACUUCGCUUCAUGGUACAACAUCAUGUCCUCCAGUCUGCCAGUCCUGGCUCCCCGGCUCCCGGGCUGUCCGCCACCGGUGGAUGACAGGACAUACACAAAAGAGCACUCCGAGGAUGAGUGGGAGUCCAUGCGCGAAAUCAUCAAGAAGCUUUACAUCAAAGACAACAGGAAGCUGAACGAAACCAUGGCCAUUCUGCAGGCGAGAUAUGGUUUUGCAGCAACAGAACAGAUGUUUAAGAAGCGUCUAAAGAAAUGGAACUUGAGAAAACGUACAUAUCGAAAAGGUGCAUCUAAUAAUUCUGCAGCGCCCACUCCUGUGGCAGAGGUCGAGGCAGACACGCAAGCAAAGAUGGAAAUGGAUACGGAUACAAACACAAGAGCCGAAACAGAGGACACCGAGACUACUUUUGAACAUUCUGGCACAAGCACUGUUGAUGACCACGACUCCUCUUCAUCUUCAACAUCUCCAGAAGAGCACCGAGAUCAGGAUGACACAAGCAUGGCCAUGACCCUGGUUCGGCCAUCAAAUACAGGGCCCUACGCCAAUCUCGAGCAAGUUCUCGGCAGCGUUUUCAAUUGGAGUCAGUCCAAGCUAGAAUUCCUCCCCAACAUAUCAGAUCCCAUGUCGGCCUACCUAGCAAAUCCAAACUCACCCCCUAUUCAGGACAGCCGCACAAUGUACCGGAUCUUCGAGCUCGUUUUCGACCUAUGGUACCAUGGCAAGGGAGACCUUGCGGGGAUGGCUGCACGACGAGGGUUCUACGUGCUCGAGUUUGUUCUAAGCGAGGACCACCCCGACCUAAUCUGGCACGUACUAGAUACGAUCUUUGAUAUGGUGGACAGGGGGCAUCUUCAACUCAUGGGCCUGUUUGUAGACCACGCUACAGUACUUGCAAAACGACAACUUCCCGCUCAGCAUCCUCUCCUUCUCAUUCUCCAACAACUACGGAAUGUCGAUUACCACUCGGAUGAGGGGCGGAGUUACUUGUGCCACUUACUGCGCCAAGCCUGGCUACGAAACGUCGAUCUUUUGGGGCAACACAUCGAAACGUCAGAUUCGCAUCGGCUUUGGCUUUACGAACAACUGAUAUGGGAUGGAAGGACACGGCUGCGCAAAGGGAGCGAGCUAGGCAAAAGACAGGAAGCCAUGUACCAAGCCCUGGAGAGAAUGUCUGAAGCGCAAACCCAAACGUCAAGGGCAGUUGAUGCAGAUUGGUUACGAGUCGAGGCAUUGCGACUAGAAUUCACACAGAUGGACGUCGGCGACAAAGUCAAAGCUGAAGAGCUCGCCGUCAACCUACUCGACCUCACCAGAACCGAUUCAGGACCCAGGUCCAACGACCGAUUUCACGCAUACGCAUGCAAGAUGCUGGCCCGAGUGCAGGAGGCGAAGAAAGAUUGGACAAUGGCUGAACAAAACCUAAAGCAUGCCAUCUCUAAGAGAGAGUCGGCGCAUGGAGGCGACAACAACUUGCGCGUCAUCCGUGACAUGUGGGUGCUGGCAGCACAUUACCAGAAAGCUGGACGAGUAGUGGAUGCCAACAACAUCACGGCCGAUGCGCUGUCAAGAGCCCAGAGGUUUCUGGAGCAAGGGAUGGAAUGAAGUAUCUGUCAUACAAAAAAAGCCACCGGAGAACUCCAUGUAAACGAUAUACGGAUUUGGAGAAAGAACACGACUUGUUGGUUGGCUGAAUAUAGCAUGACACGGAGAUAAGACGGGAACA